CCAUUGUUUUAAGGCUGUAUCCACAAUCAAAGGUCACAAAGACUCCAUAAAAGUAGCCUAUUCUUGAGCAGCCACACAAGCAGAAAGGCCUCAUUUCCCCCCCAUCAUACAAGACAAUGAGUAUUCAAGGAACAGUCGAGGUCAACACUAUCCUUAUCUUCAACUAUGAGACUCUCAGUCUGGAGGGGGAGAGAGAGAGAGAGAGAGUGUGUGUGUGUGUGUGUAAAUAGGAGAUUAAAACCUUGACACAAUUAAGAAACGAUUACUGAAGUAUGCCUUGGGAAGAGGCAGUGGAAUGGGUUUUACCUCUCAAUCUCAAUGAUAGCUGAUUUCAACACAUGAGUAGUAAAGAGUGGACGGGGUCCUUUGGAGUGGUACCAACUCUUUAUGUGGGGUAGGGACAGGAAACGCAUGGGUCAAAUAUUAGUUUUCUAGGGUAACUUUCCUAGUUACAAAAACAUAAUCCAAAUUAAAAUCGGAAUUCUUGUACAGAAACAUGCAACAGGGCAAUUCAGCAGUAUGGCUGUGACGGAAUGAGAAGCCCUUGGGUGAGAAAGGGAAAAAUCAGAUCGCUCUCUCCCCUUAUGCUUAACAAGACAGGAGCCUGUGCAGUAAGCACACCGCUAAAGCUUGUCGCAAUCAUCUUUCUUGCUUUCACUCCCUCUAGUGUCCAGAAUUCACAUUGCCUUUCCUCACUCAAUAUUACUGAGAACAAGUAAGAAAGGGAGAGAGAGAGAGUGGGAGAGAGAUUCUGAGAGAAAGGCAGCAAGGAAGAGGGGCGGGAGAGCUGCACAAGCCCCACCCACAAAUGACAUCAGUGCUGUACUGAGGGAGAGCUAGAGGCAGACUCAACUUCACAUUUGUACCAGGCUGCAAUCUGCUCUGGUCUCCGCUUCUGUUUCAGAGCUAGAAGAGUGUGCGGACACACACGCAGAAACAUACAUUCACGCAGACACAAACAUUAUUACAGAUAUUACUACAGCUACAGAAUACCAUAUUUGCUCUCCCAACCUGAGGUUUCCGGUUUGAGAUCUGUUCCUCCUGGAGUUUGAAGACUGCAAAUUCCUUGCACUGGAUUUAUUUUUUGGCUGCCUAAUUAGUAAGAAGGAUUAUUUUUCUCUCAUUUUUUGGUUCUUGAUUAGCAGAAUCUGGGGACACGGACAGUGUGGUGGUAUUUUUCAGCUGAACAUAUUGGUGGACACUAAUGUCAGACCAGAGGACUUCAGAAGAUAGCUGUCAAAGGCACUGUCAGAAGAAGUCCCCUUCAUUCCCCAUGCUCCAUGCUGGAUAAAUGGUUCUUGGGAACACUAACAGGAUAACCGUGACUGGAGGCAAAAGGGGGAACGGUACAGUGCCUACUGGCUCCCUAAAGUGCAACUCAUCCAAAGAGGACCAUAUAGAUCCUGUGGUAGAUUCUGGAAAUCCGGCAGAAGCCAGACACACUGCUUCAGACUCAGCAGCAUGAAGUGUCUCCUUGGGAGGAGGCUAAAACUGCUGUCUCUAUUCUCUUCCCAGCGCCAAGCCUCUUAGAGAUACACAAGAGUCCAGUUUGGGUCAGAGCUGCGAGUCCCACAAAACAAAACGGAUUCUACACUGUUAGGGUUCAUCUGGUACUCAAGUGGUAUUUUUGUAUGGGUGGCUAAAAUCACAGAGCUGGAUUUGUUGCAUACAUUUUUGCCAUGGUGAAACCUUUGAAGGCAUGAACACUGGAGACCUGGGGACACGCCAGGAGGAAGGCAGCACAAGCAAGGAUUGGUUAGACAAACGCUGCUCAGACAGGACGUAGCCCAGCAGCUUCCACAUACUGAUAACCUCUUUCUGGAAAAGGAGCAAAAAUUUCAGAGACCUCAUUGGUAUCUUACUGGAUACCCGAGGCUGGUAGAAGAUCCACCUGUUCUUCCACAUCAGAGAUUUCUGAGAGAAUCCUCCUAUUCAGGAUGAUGUGCAAGACCUUCCUCCGCUUCUUCACCAGAACAUGGCUACUCUUUGGUUUGAGCUCCAUUACUGCUUCCUGUCCUUCUUCGUGUCGCUGUGAUGGGACCUUUGUCUACUGUAAUGAUCGGAACCUAAACUCCAUCCCAAUAGGCAUCCCACGAGAUGCCACUAUCCUCUAUCUGCAAAACAACCGCAUUCACAGUUCUGGAAUUCCUGCCGAGUUGCGGAACCUCAACCGUGUGGAAAAGAUCUACCUUUACUGUAAUAACUUGGAUGAAUUCCCCACCAACCUGCCUGUAAGUGUUAAAGAACUGCACCUGCAAGAAAACAAUGUUAGGACUAUAACCCAUGACUCACUAGCACAGAUUCCCAACAUUGAGGAGCUGCAUCUGGAUGACAACUCCGUAUCAGCUGUCAGCAUUGAGGAGGGAGCCUUUCGUGAUAGCAACCAUCUUCGAUUGUUGUUCUUGUCUCGCAAUCACCUGAGCACUAUACCGUCUGGAUUGCCUAUGACCAUUGAGGAGUUGAGGUUUGAUGACAAUCGAAUUUCCUCCAUCUCAGAGCAAUCGCUGCAGGACCUUAUAAACCUGAAGCGACUAAUUCUUGAUGGGAACUUGCUAAACAACAAUGGCAUAGGUCAAAUGGCUUUUCUGAAUCUUGUCAAUCUGACCGAACUGUCAUUGGUGCGCAACUCCCUCACUGCCCCACCUGCCAACCUGCCGGGCAACAGCCUGGAGAAGCUGCAACUACAGGACAACCACAUUAACCGCGUGCCAGUGGGGGCCUUUGCCUUUCUUCGACAGCUGUACCGCCUUGACCUGUCUGGAAACAACCUAAGUAGCUUGCCGAUGGGUGUCUUUGAUGAUCUGGACAAUCUCACCCAACUGCUGUUGCGAAACAACCCCUGGUACUGUGGCUGUCAUAUGAAAUGGGUACGGGACUGGUUGCGGUCGCUACCCUCAAAGGUCAGUGUACGAGGCUUGAUGUGUCAGGGCCCUGAUAAAGUCAAAGGAAUGGCCCUUAAGGACUUAUCCACAGAGCUGUUUGAUUGCACAGGCACUGAUGUCCCCCCCACAUUUGAUACAAGCACAGUUUCAAACACACUGCCCCCAUCAAGAGGUCAAUGGCCUCCUUUCAUUACCAAAAGGCCAAUAGUUAAGGGGCCCGAUCUCGGCAAGCAUUACCGGAGCACUACGCCAUCAGGCAGGAAACUCAUCACUAUAAAUGUUAAGUCCAGCAGUGCAGAGACUGUUCAUAUAUCCUGGAAGGUGUCACAGCCAAUGACUGCAUUACGUCUCAGCUGGCUGAAGCUGGGACAUAGUCCUGCCUAUGGGUCCAUCACAGAGACCAUCGUUCAAGGAGAAAAGACUGAGUAUUUGCUGACAGCCCUUGAGCCGGAUUCCUCUUAUCGGAUAUGCUUGGUUCCCAUGGAAACCAGUAACAGUUACCUGUCAGAUGAAACGCCUGUCUGUAUAGAGACUGAAACCGGAUCUCUAAAAGCAUAUAACCCGACCACCACCCUCAACAGAGAGCAAGAGAAGGAGCCCUACAAAAACUCCAACCUGCCUCUGGCUGCUAUUAUUGGUGGAGCUGUUGCUCUUUUGGCUAUCAUCAUGUUGGCACUCGUGUGCUGGUACGUUCAUCGAAAUGGGUCACUCUUCUCCAGGAACUGCACAUACAACAAGGGCCGCCGAAGAAAGGACGACUAUGCAGAGGCAGGGACAAAGAAGGACAACUCUAUCCUGGAGAUCAGAGAGACCUCUUUUCAGAUGAUACCAAUAAAUCAUGGACACAUGUCCAAGGAGGAGUUUGUCAUACACACUAUUUUCCCACCUAAUGGCAUAAGUCUGUACAAGGCUCCACACAGUGAAAACAACAGCAGCAACAGAAGCUAUAGAGACAGUGGAAUUCCAGAUUCAGACCAUUCCCAUUCAUGAUAGUGAAUAAGUAUCAAAAGACAUUUUAUUAUAAAUACAUGACUUGAAAACUGAUUGGUCUUUUGCAAAACACUGGAUUAAAAAAGACUGAAGAAGCAAUGUUCUGUACAUUCGCCAUAUAAUUUAUAUUUAAGAACUUUUUAUUAAGAAAAAGUUUUAAAAUUGCAGGCCAUCACUGAGCCAUCGGUGUAUGUUGUCAUCAACUGCAAUUCUAUAUUUUAGAAAUUUGUAGUAAUUUGUACUGUAUUUUCCUUGUUUUAGGUUUCAGACCAAUUAAAACUUUGUGCUCUACUGAAAUAUGAUGACUUGUCAACUGUGAAAGUGGAUUUUCAUUACUGUGUUGAACAAUCAAGAUUUAAAGAGACAUUAAAACCUUGUAGUAUAAGCACAGGUAAUUUUUCACUUUGUUAUUGAGACUGUCAAAAAAUGAGGGGAAAAGACAAGUGUCAUGAGAAGGUAGAUCAUGGUAGAUUUAACCACCAACAAAAAAGUAGAUGUUGUCAAUUCUUCUCUAGGACAGAAGGACGAUGGCACAGACGCUGAAUGUUUGGGGGGUUUUCUUUGGAAUUUGAAUUGAGAGUUCAAAGAAUUGUUAAGCUUUAUUUCUGCUUUAUUUGACUUGCAGAAAUCGAUUUCACAUUCAUCCGCAAAGCAGAGAUGCGAGUGAGUAGUGAGUUUAAGACCAUGUACUUGUGCAAAAAGGUAGCCUUUGGGAUUACAGCACAGAGCAAAUUAAGCACAUUGAUCAUUAAAAGGACAAGUUAUUACUAAUGAGGUAUGGCUGACACAGAAGAAGCUCAGUGUUAGUAUUGGUGACUUCAUCAAGGAGAAACUAAAAUACAAUAUCCUAUAGUGCAGUGUACCAUAUGUCAUUGUGAACGUUGCCCUAUAGAUAUUAUAAUAAUCUGGGCAGAAAAAAGUUACAGUAAAAGCAACAUUUUGGCUUUUGAAUAGUGUCAGCUUUUCUAUUAUUACUGUUAUUAUUUUCUAUUAUUUUUCAAUUCAAGCCACUUUUUGUUGCCACGAUUUAAGACUAUUGUUCUUUACAACCGAAACCAAAGUGCAUUGUACGCCCUUUGGCCAGUCUUGUAUGUGCCUUGAUCAAAUGCUUAUCGUAUUUAGCUUUUUAAGAAAACCAGUGACUUUUUCAUACACACUUGAAUAUGAUAAAAUAUUGGUCAUAUUGCAGAAUAAAAAAGUGGGAAAAAAAAAAAUAUUCAAACCCUGUGGUGUUUCUUACCCUCGCCUUAUUUGAUCUUCAUAGACAAUCCAACUUCCUCAGCAUUACAAAUCUAAUGCUAAUGGCUGGUUCGAGAAAUAUAUUCCCCUUCCUCUGUGAAGUGAGAAUUCUUGCCAACAAAGUUCUGUUAUGACUGGACAAGAUACCGUUUGCAUUCACAGGGCAGCUAAAUUAGCACGUCGAAGAAUCGCAGGAUUCAGCUUGAUAUACCUCCCAGGCACCAGGAGAAGAUACGGCUAAUGACUAGACACCAUGCAGGAUAUGGCACAGGCCCUACUGGGCCUGUCAAAAUGGCAGCCUGUUGUGCGAAAAGAAAAAAAAAAAGAAAAAAUAAAAAGCGACAAACUCUCACUCUAAAAUCAACGUACGCCUCAUGACUGGAGAAAAAGAAAAAAAAAAACACACUCUUGAUAAAUUUCAUCCACGCUGCAUGCCAAGACAGUCUGAACUUUAAUUUCACGUUAAAUGAAUGAUGUGUCAUCUCCAAAUAUCAACAGACAGUACUCAGCAUUUUAUGUAUCAUAGAACUUCUGGGUGUGCACACAGUUACCCAUAGUAAACCAAAGAGCCAUGAUAUAC